AUGGUGGAUUUUUGUCGUCUGUCAGCUUUGCCGAGUGAUAAGUCAUUUGGUUCUGGCAAUAGUAAUAAUAAUCAUAAUAAUACAAAAGACGGAAGUUCAGCUUUCUUUCCAACAGUAUUUCUUCCUUAUUCGCAUUUGAUUGAUCCUGAUAGACAAGAAUCAGUAACAGCAGCGGCAGUAGUGACAACAACGGCUGCUACAGCUCCUUCAGCAUUAACCAUGGAACAAACACGUCUUGAAGAAGAAAAAUUACGUGUUCAAGCUAAAGACAAGAAAAAUCAAAGUGCUAAUGCAUCUGCUGAAGUAAAAACUCAUUUAAAAAGUUUUAUUUGUCGUAAAUUACAAAAACAAGGCAAACUAGAAAAUCAAGAUUCAAAUGAAAUGCUUCGACGAUUUCAAUCCGAACCAGUACUUGCUAAUCCUCGUCUUGAAUCGGGAAAUUUUAAAAUCAGAUCAGACUUACGUCAACGUCUUCUUUCUCAACAUAAGCAAGUUACUCCUAUGUCAGAUAGACGUCAUCCAAUCCGUUCAACAAAUUUAGCUCAACAACAACAACAACAAACUGUUCCAACAAUGCCAUUAAUGUCAUUCACCUCCCAUUCGCCUCAAUUACUUUCUCCAGAACAAUUAUGGCUUGGUUUUCCACGUUCAGUUUACGCUUGUUAUUCCACAGGUAAUCUAGGUGAAAAUGCUCAACAAAAUCGUUUAACACCAACAAUACAUGAAAAACAUCAUCAUACAAAUAUUCUUGGUCCAAAACAUUUUAUUGUUGAAGAAGAAAAUGAAGCAUUAUUAGCUAAAGAAUUACAAGAAGCAAAAAUUCAAAGUUCUCAUAAUAGUCAUAGUUCAAUGCAUAGUAGUCAACCACAAUUAUUAAAUUUAGAAUCUAAUGAUUUUUCUAUUCGAAGUCCAAAUAUACCAAUCGAUCGUUUAACAUUCCAUUCCAGAUCAUUAUCAUCUCUAUCAAUGUUACCAUCAUCAAAAGAAAAAAAAAUACCAAAAAGUCUUUCAGGUACAAUACGAAUGCAUUUUACAACUGGACUUGCUUAUGAUGAUGAUACAUUAAAACAUGAAUGUUAUUGUAAACGUACAGAUCUUCAUCUUGAAAAUCCUAGUCGUUUACUUGUUAUAUAUGAACGAUUAAAAAAAUCAAAUUUACUUGAUGAUUGUGAAAUUAUUCGUGGUUAUUGUGCAACAAUUGAUAUGUUAACUGAUUGUCAUGAUCCUGGUCAUGUUUAUUUAUUUGGUUCUGAUCAACGACAACGUAGUCAACAAUCACUAGCAAUAUUCACUGAACGACUUAAUUCUAUAGUACAAUUACCAUGUGGUGGUUUUGGUAUACAUGAUGAUACAGAUACAAUAUGGAAUGAUGAAUAUACAGCACGUGCAUGUCGUUUAGCAAUUGGUAAUACAAUUGAAUUAACAAAAUGUGUUAUUGAUGGAAAAUUAAAAAAUGGUUUUGCACUUGUACGACCUCCAGGUCAUCAUGCAACACAAAAACCAUUAGGCUUUUGUUAUUUUAAUACAGUAGCUAUAACAGCAAAAUAUUUGAAAAAAUAUCGAAAUCUUGAUCGUAUUGCUAUUGUUGAUUGGGAUAUACAUCAUGGAAAUGGUACACAAGAAUUAACAUAUGAUGAUCCUAAUAUUCUUUAUAUAUCAUUACAUCGUUAUGAUAAUGGAACAUAUUUUCCUGGUGGUGGACGAAUAGAAGAAUGUGGUUGUGAUGAUGGUCUUGGUAGAAAUGUGAAUAUUGCUUUUUCAGCUGAACCACAUGUAGUUAUGACUGAUGUUGAAUAUUUAGCAGCAUUUCGAAGUAUUGUUAUGCCAAUAUUGGAACAAUUUCAACCUCAAAUAAUACUUGUUUCAUGUGGUUUUGAUGCAUGUAUAGGACAUGUUCAUCCACUUGGUGGUUAUGAAUUAACACCGACAUGUUUUGCUUAUAUGACAAAAGAAUUAAUGAGUUUAGCUGAUGGAAAAGUUGUUCUAGUUUUAGAAGGUGGUUAUGAAUUAAAUGCAUUAGCUGAAUGUGGAAAACUAUGUGUUGAAGCAUUGCUUGAUCGACCAGUAAAUUUUGAAUAUUUUCUUUAA